AUGGCUGCGCGCCGGCUCGCGCUCGGGGGCCUGCUCGCGGCUGCCCGUUCCCGGCCACCGCCCCUGGCCCGCCGCCUGCCGCCCGCGCGCCGCCCCGCCUCGGCCGCCGCCCGCGGUCCCGCCAUGGAGCCGGCGCCCCGCUGGCUGGCGGGGCUGCGCUUCGACAACCGCGCCCUGCGCGCGCUGCCCGUGGAGACGCCGCCGCCCGACCCCGAGGGCGCCCCGUCCACGCCGCGGCCGGUGCCCGGGGCCUGCUUCAGCCGCGUGCGGCCCGCGCCCCUGCGCCAGCCGCGCCUCGUGGCGCUGUCGGAGCCCGCGCUGGCGCUGCUGGGCCUGGGAGCGCCGCCCGCCGCCGCCGCCGCCCGCGAGGCGCGCGAGGCCGAGGCCGCGCUCUUCUUCAGCGGGAACGCGCUGCUGCCGGGCGCCGAGCCCGCCGCGCACUGCUACUGCGGCCACCAGUUCGGCCAGUUCGCUGGGCAGCUGGGCGACGGCGCCGCCAUGUACCUGGGCGAGGUGUGCACAGCGGCCGGCGAGCGCUGGGAGCUGCAGCUCAAGGGCGCCGGCCCCACGCCCUUCUCCAGACAGGCUGAUGGUCGCAAAGUGCUGCGGUCAAGCAUCCGAGAGUUCCUGUGCAGCGAAGCCAUGUUCCACCUGGGGAUCCCCACCACGAGGGCCGGGGCCUGCGUCACAUCCCAGUCCACAGUCAUUCGAGACGUGUUCUAUGAUGGUAAUCCAAAAUAUGAAAAAUGCACAGUUGUGUUGCGUAUAGCUUCCACUUUUCUAAGGUUCGGCUCCUUUGAGAUUUUUAAGUCUGCAGAUGAGCACACAGGCCGUGCAGGCCCCAGCGUGGGGAGAAAUGACAUCCGGGUGCAGAUGCUUGACUAUGUGAUUGGCAGUUUUUACCCCGAAAUCCAGGCCUCUCAUGGCAGUGACACUGUGCAGAGGAAUGCGGCCUUCUUCCGGGAGGUGACGCGUCGCACAGCCCGGAUGGUGGCCGAGUGGCAGUGUGUCGGCUUCUGCCACGGCGUGCUCAACACAGACAACAUGAGCAUCGUGGGGCUUACCAUCGACUACGGGCCCUUCGGCUUCCUGGAUAGGUACGACCCCGACCACGUGUGCAAUGCCUCCGACAGCGCUGGGCGCUAUGCAUACAGCAAGCAGCCUGAGGUGUGCAAGUGGAACCUGCAGAAGCUGGCCGAGGCCCUGGAGCCCGAGCUGCCCCGAGAGCUGGGUGAGGCCAUCCUAGCGGAGGAAUUUGAUGCUGAGUUCCACAGGCACUACCUGCAGAAGAUGCGCAAGAAGCUGGGCCUGGUGGGGGCCGAGCGGGAGGAGGAUGGAGUGCUGGUGGCCAAGCUCCUGGAGACCAUGCACCUGACUGGUGCUGACUUCACAAACACCUUCUACUUGCUGAGCUCCUUCCCCGUGGGGCCUGAGUCUCUGGGCCUGACCGAGUUCCUGGCUGCACUGACCACACAGUGUGCCUCCCUGGAGGAGCUGAGGCUGGCCUUCCGACCCCAGAUGGAUCCCCGGCAGCUCUCCAUGAUGCUGAUGCUGGCGCAGUCGAACCCACAGCUCUUCGCGCUCAUUGGCACCCAGGCAAACGUCACAAAGGAGCUGGAGCGUGUGGAGCAGCAGUCGCGGCUGGAGCAGCUGAGCCCAGCUGAGCUGCUGAGCAGGAACAGGGGCCACUGGGCUGAUUGGCUGCAGGAGUACAGAGCCCGGCUGGAGGAGGACAGGGAGGGUGCUGGCGACCCUGACACCUGGCAGGCUGAGCGCGUGCACAUCAUGCAUGCCAACAACCCCAAGUACGUGCUGAGGAACUACAUCGCGCAGACUGCCAUAGAGGCUGCCGAGACUGGAGACUUCUCAGAGGUGCGGAGAGUGCUGAAGCUGCUGGAGGACCCUUACCACAGGGAGGGGGAGGCUGCUGAGGUCCCCGAGGCUGCAGAGCCUGAGGGGGCUGGUGAGGGGGCCAGCAGGGCGGCCGGCAGGCGGCGCUCCUACAGCAGCAAGCCCCCACUCUGGGCUGCAGAACUGUGUGUAACAUGAUCCUCGUAACUGCCUGGGAGGCCUCCACACCAGGAGGGUCCCAAGGCCCUGAGUCCUGCUGAGUCCGUGAGGCGGUGCCCAGCAGUGGACAACCCCACACGCCCGUCUCUCCAUGACGGCAGAGAUGUCCAGUCAGGCCCUGACCUGUCUCUGUCUGACAGCAACUCAGCAGCACAGCCCCAGGUCAACACGCUCCCUGUGGAAAGCUGCUUCUGCAAGAACAGGCACCCAGCAGGACCGCGUGGGGGGACAUGGCAGCCCCCAUCCACCUUUCCAGCCGGGGGGGGG